GAGGAGCCUCCUUUGCUUUUCCCGAUCCCCACCUAUGCAGUGCUCCUCAUCAAGGGCCAGUCGGCGCGCGUCGGCUGGCAGGAUACGCCGCAGGGGUCACAACGCCCCGUCAUGUAUGGCCCUCGAUCUAUCGAUGGCAACUUCUACAGUUUCACCUUCCUCCGAAGUUGUCUGCCAUUCUUGCGAGCAGCGGAGGCAUCCAAGGCACGGGCCAGCGAGGCCCUGCGCGCUGCCGAAGAGAGCUCCGAGCUGCAGGAUGUUGCGGCCUACGCGCGAGUGUGUGCAAACGCAGAGUCCUUCUGCGACUUCCUCUCCUACCCGGACACGGCCUCCAGGAGUGGCUGCGACAUUUUCCGGUACCUGUUGCCCUUGGAGGACUUGUUCGAUGUGAGCCAAGGCAACCUUUGCGGAGUUCCUGGUGAGGCGCGCGCGAAGAUGGAGAUCAAGGUUUGA